AUGGACUCUGUUUUCAUAUCUGCCGGCUGCACACGAAAGCCAAAGGUCUCUGCAGCAUUUGGGAAUGGAAUGGCCUAUGGGUCUAGGUCGAAUGUAGUCAUAACUGACGAAAGAAAGGUUCUUUCUGUAGUUUGUAUGGACGGCGAUGUGAAUGCGGUCGAAUGUAGCCAUGGAACGAUAGUGGCAGGAGAUGUGAAUGGGAGGGGAUAUAUAAUAAGAAACGGAGAUGUUAGGAAGCAUGACUUUGAAGGAUGUAUUGAAGCGGUUGGUUUUAUGAGGGAAUCAUGUGCUGCGUUCUGUACGAUGGAUAGAACCUUCGUAUAUGACAUGGACAGAAAUGUGAUUACGGGAGAAGUCGAAAAUACAUGGAUUCCUACGUGUUUAACAACGAUUUGUGACAGAACAUUUAUUGGGAGCAGAAAGGGGAGUGUUUAUGUGCUAUGGGGAAAAGGCAGUUGUGUUUUGUGGGAUGAAGUUGAAGGGCACAGAGACAGCAUCCAAGACAUCAAGUCUGUUUCCAUUGAUGGAGAGGCUUACAUUGCCACGGCGUCACAGGACGAAACCAUAAAGAUAUGGAGAGUUAUUGAAGGAGAAGGAUGGAUUGAGCAUAUUCAAACCCUUAAUGGGCACACAGACUGGGUUUACGGACUGUGGUGGACAAGAGAGGGAGAUCUACUUAGCUCAUCUGGAGAUGGGUCGAUAAUCCACUGGAAGAAGAAGUCUGGAAGGUGGGAAGAUGUGAUGAGACUGGGCGGAGAAGGAGCCUUCUUUAACGUUCUAAUGACUGGAGACUAUAUUGUAGGACAAUCGAAUUCUGGAGGGUUUUACAAGUUUGGAGAUGUUCUGGAGAAUUUUAUUUCGGGCCAUAUCGACGAAGUGAGGUCUAUCGACUGGAGAGAUGAGUUUCUCCUAACGGCCUCGCUUGAUAUGACGUCCCGGAUAUUCUACAAGGGGCAUGAGGUAGGUAGGCCACAGAAGCAUGGAUAUGGGCUAACCUCGGCAAGGUUUCUCAAUACCGAGAACCUUCAAUUCAUAAGCUCUGCACAGGAAACAAUUUUAAGAAUCUAUGAGCCUACACAGGUGUUUUAUAUGACAUGCUUGAGUGUGGAAAAUAAGGAAAAAGACGUGAGUAAGUCAUUGGAGGAAAUGGGUAUUUCCCGGCAGAGAAGGUCUAUACACGACUUCUUUUGUGAUAUCGACAGUUUGAAGUUUGCAGCUGUUUGUGCCGAACUGUCUUUAACAAACGUAGUUCUGGAAGACUUUACUUUUGAAUCACUCAAUGAGCAGCUAUUGUCUGUGGCCACCUUCAACGAGAUAAGAAAGGUCUAUGGACACUACUUUGAUGUAUCUGAUGUUGCCGUGUCUAAGGAUUUCAUUGUUUCCUGUAACAAGUCGUCGCUGAAGAAAUUCUCAGGGAUUUUUGUAUGGAACAGAAACUUUGAGCUGAUGGAUUACAUAGAAGUACACGACUAUGGGAUCGAAAGGUUGGUAUUUUCACGGGAUGGAAAGUACCUGGCAGCAGCCUCCAAAGACAAGAGUGUGUCAAUCUAUAAUGUUAGCAAAAGCAUUAAGUUCUUUCAAAGACUAAGGGACCAUAAGAGAGUUGUGUGGGAUUGUAGCUUCAGCCAUGAUUCAAAAUAUCUCGCCACGUGUUCUCGAGACAGAAGUAUAUUUGUAUAUGAAGGUCCUGAAUUUGGAAUGAAAUGGGAGUCUAGAUUUGAGUACGAGGUGACGUCCUUAAGCUUUUCACCUAAGAAGUAUCUUCUCCUGAUAGGACUUGAAUCUGGGGAGGUGUUAACUGCAGAUCUCCAAGGAGGAGAGUUUACCAUUAGGACAAGAAGUAAGGAGCAUAGUAAGCGGGUCAAUAGGAUAUCUUUUGAUGAGGAUGGAAGUAAGUAUGCCACUGGAGGAGCCGACGGAAUGGUCAAGGUGUUUACCAUGGGACCGAUGGAGGAGAGAACAUGA